AUGGGACUGGGAGACGACGAGGAUGACGAUGACGAUGACGAAGAGAUUGUUCGACUUCCCUUGCCUCACACGAGAGGCUCCUCGGCGGCGGCGGCGGCGGCGGUGGUGGUGAUCUACGACAUCAUCUAUUCUCCUUCUUACCAAGUCCCGGUCCUCUACAUUCAAUGCCCGACAAGCAACUUCUCCCCGGACUGCCUCGUCCCUUCGGCGUAUAAACGACAAAUCAAUUCCGUCGGAGUCAUGGGCGCGCUGAGUAUGACCGAACACCCUGUUACGGGGUUGCCGGUGUACUUCGUGCAUCCAUGUCGGACGCAGGAGAUGAUGGCUGCGAGGGGACAGCUGGGCCCGGAGGAGUAUUUGAUGGUUUGGUUUGGGGUGAUUGGGGCUGGAGUGGGGUUGAAUGUACCGGUGGCAUUGGCGAGGUCGAUGGUGGGCGGAGGGAGAGGACCCGCAUUCGAGGGUCAGGCGGCUUGA